CAACAGUUCCUCUUCCUCACAGUAGGACUCUCCGUUCCCGCCUUCUCCUGGAACUGGUGGUACGUGGUGAUCGCCGUGGCCACUGCCGUGGCCGCCGCCAUCUUCAUCGUCAUCUUCUUGGCACGUAUGAGGAAAAAGGAAACACGCUAUGGGGAAGCCUUUGAGCCCAACAUGGAGCAGGGAGAGCUGGUGGUUCACUAUCGCGCCCGCAAAUCGUACAGCCGCCGGACUACGGAAACUACUUUGAACAGCCUGGGCAUCAGUGAAGAAUUGAAGGAAAAGCUUCAGGAUGUAAUGAUUGACCGCCAUAGAGUAGCCCUGGGAAAGACCCUUGGCGAAGGUAAGUCCUUGGGACCAGUGUCAACUAGCCAGAUGAAUACCGAUGGAUGCUGCGUUAAUUUCUCUCUUCUCUUGGCAGUUGCCAUAUGCACCCGCAGUGAGAUGGAGGACUUCCUCAGUGAGGCCGUUUGCAUGAAGGACUUUGACCAUCCCAACGUCAUGAAACUGAUCGGCGUCUGCCUGCAGAACACAGAAAGCGAAGGCUACCCGUCCCCUGUGGUCAUCCUGCCAUUCAUGAAACAUGGAGAUCUACACAGCUUCCUGCUGUACUCGCGGCUUGGGGAGAGCCCUGUGUACCUGCCCAUGCAGAUGUUGGUCAAAUUCAUGGUGGACAUUGCAAGUGGCAUGGAAUACCUCAGCAGCAAGAACUUCAUUCAUCGGGACCUCGCUGCCCGCAACUGCAUGCUGAACGAAAGCAUGACGGCCUGUGUGGCCGACUUUGGCCUCUCCAAGAAGAUCUACAACGGUGACUAUUACCGCCAAGGUCGUAUCUCCAAGAUGCCGGUGAAGUGGAUCGCCAUCGAGAGCCUGGCCGAUCGCGUUUACACCACCAAGAGCGACGUGUGGUCCUUUGGAGUCACCAUGUGGGAAAUUGCCACUCGAGGCCAGACGCCUUAUCCCGGGGUGGAAAACAGUGAAAUUUACGACUACCUACAUCAAGGCAACCGCCUCAAGCAGCCGAUUGACUGCCUGGAUAGCCUGUAUGAGCUGAUGACGAGCUGCUGGGCGCUGAACCCCCGCGACCGCCCCACUUUCGAAAUCCUGUCUGAGGAGCUGGAGAAGACCCUCAAGUCACUCCCACCGCCCAAAGACCCCGAGGAGAUCCUCUAUGUCAACAUGGACGAUGGCGUGGGCCCCGCCGAGGUGGAGCUGGGCGCCGUGGGAGGCCUGGGGCCCGAGGAAUCCCUGGCCAAGGAGAGCCAGCUGCUGAAGGCCAUGGUGACGUCCGCCGAGGUGCACCCGCCACAGGCCAUGGGCCGCUACGUGAUGUGCCCCACUCCCCACGAGAACAGCCGGCUCUUGAACGAGGCCCUCAGCUGCGCCGCCACUGAGGAAGGGGCCUAAAAAGGGAAGAUCUGCAGACCCCUCCAUUGGGUGUUUAUGUACCCAAUUGGAAGGCACCCUGUUUGGUGACACCCCCCCCACCUCUCUGCCCCCAAGAGGGGGCUUCCAAAGACAAACCUUUGAGGCCCAUGGACAUCCUUCACCCGAGGGAUCUCACUCCCACCUGACUCCGCUGACCUGCGCCCACAAAUUGAGGUCCUCCUUACCUGUUCCAGUUCACCUGGGCCAGAGUGGGUUUCCAGCAGGCCACCCCUUGCGUGGGUCUCAUCGUCGCCCCCUCCUCUUCUUUCUCCCUCUCUAGGCCCAGCAUUCCUUCUUGCUCCCCUUCAAGGCAAACCCACGGACUCGGAGCGGAUGCC